AUGUCGACAAGAGUGACGACAGGCAAGGGCUUUGAUGGCAUCAUCGCUAUCUACAGCCAAUUUGCCAGUGCUCAUCCUCACGAAGGAGAAACUGUCAACGGUUGCCCCCCGAACUCAAGGAUGCGGUGGACAAGGAGACACGCCAGCAACCAUUACUGAAAUCCACCACCCACCACCCAGCAAACCGCAACUGCGAACCCAACGAGCCUGGAACCCGGACUCAAAAACAGAAACCACCACGAGGACCAAGUACCAAAUCAACUCCAUGGAUCUAACGGAGGCAUUCACCCCGGGAGGGGGUGGGGAAGAUCUGCCGAAGACGGAUUUCUUCGACUUUGUCGUCUCUCCACCUCCGCACUGCGCCUCGACAGACGGCGUGUCCGACGAAGAGAGCUUCCUUCAUCGCACCACGUGCAGAAGCAUAGGCUACCUUCAGCAAGGACACGAGGAACACGAGGCGAGCCGCGAGUUGCACGGCUCGCCCUUCAUAAAGGAGACCAACAACAACACUCUGACAGCUCUGCCGCCGGUCUCGACGAUCACCGGCUCCCUGAGCCAUCAUCACCACCAUCACCACGUCAGGACGCACCACAGCGCGUGCAACGUCCAGCAGAGCAACGAGCAAACGCCCAUGGACCAGUCGGACUGCGACUACUGGGCCACGGACGAGAGCAAGGAGCAAACGUGUAACAUACUCUUGGAGGACCUGAACAAGUACUGCUGGUCAGCGCACGCCAACGCACAGGGCCACGGGAACGACAACGUGAACGUGCACCAGGGUUCCAACGAGCACCACCAAGGCGUGGGCCGAGGAUGCUCGGCCAACGACAGACAGAACACCGACGGAGCGAUUUACACGUUGACCGUGUUGAACAACGAGGCCAAUUCCAUGGACGCGUUGGACUGUUGCAAGAGCCCAGCGCCAACGUCCAGCGAUUCUUGGUCCCUGCGGCCUAAUUUAGACCUGGACGCUAUACUCAGCAUGGAACCAGCGUCCACCGAGCAGGAACACGACCAGGGCACCAACGUGACCGAGGUGUCCAGGACGGUGAACGACAGGUUUCAUCCGGAUCGUUUCUCCGUCGCGUCUUCCCAGUACGCAACCGAUGACAGCGGGUUCGUCGAGAGCAAGGAGUUGUGCGGCCGAGGAUCGUCCAGCAGCGGUAACUGCGCCGGGGGCGACAACAACAACGACUGGAAACUCUCUGACCAGAAUCUGCAGGAGGCCGCGGCCGCGGCUGCUGCCGCUGUCGCGGUUGGAGCCGGUGACUCGGCCGAGAGCCUUCUGAGGAGUGCUCUCCAAGGAAAAUUGUACACGGGACCCGCUCAAGUGGUUUCGUCCUCGUCGCCGUCUGCUCAAGGAUCCACCAUGUCCAUGCCGGUGACGAGCAACGCCGGACUGCAGAUAGUGUCCGAUCAACAACAGCAACAGCAGCAGCAGCAGCAACAACAACAGCCCCAACAACAGCAACAACCACAACAACAGCAGGACGAAUCUAUGCACACUUGCACCGACGAGGAUCUAUUACUCUCUCAGCUGGAUCAGACGACCUAUCGUCCCGGUGACUACGAGAAACUGAAGAGCAUAGCCAACGAAGUGGUGGAGUCGUACUGCAGUUUGGAGCCAGUUUGCAACGUGUCCGCGACGACCACGGUCAUGUACACCCUGGAUCCAACCAGCGGAAGCUUGGGAACGAUCACUCUGCCUGCGGACCUGGGCCAAGUGAGCACGGUGACGGUGGUGACCGCGGCUCAGCAAGACGUUCUGCAGCAACAGGCCGCUCCUCGAGCCGAGGUGGAGCAGCAACAGACCGCCAGUCAGCUUCAAAUCACUCCGUCGAGGGUGGUCGCCACGAAGGCCCCGAAGAAGUACUGCCGACGCACGAACAGGAACAGCAGCAACUCGAACGCGGCUAGCAACGGCAACAGUGGCGCGGAGACCGGGGGGAGCAGCGGCGGACAGCAACAGGGUGGAUCUGGAGGAUCGCCGGGCAGCGUGCAACGGAAGGAACGUUCCCUGCACUAUUGCAGCAUCUGCAGCAAAGGCUUCAAGGACAAGUAUAGCGUGAACGUCCACAUCAGAACGCACACCGGCGAGAAACCGUUCGCCUGUUCCCUCUGCGGCAAGAGCUUCCGCCAGAAGGCGCACCUGGCCAAGCACUAUCAGACCCACGUGACGCAGAAACCCAGCGUCCAGCAACAGGCAGCGUCCGGCAGCGGCGCCAGUAACAACGGGAAUAGUGGGAACCCGAGCCCCUCCGGCGAAACUAGCGCCACCACGGCGAGCAACGUGACGAACAGGAGUCAAGCGCACCAGGUUUCGGUCGAUCCAGCGGGGAGCGCGUGUAAUCCGCCCAGUUAG